GACAGGGGAUGCGCCAGUCUGCGUUAACCAGGUUUGGCAGGUCACGCCUUUAACUUCUGCUGGGCUUUUUCAACAUAUUUUUCAAGUACUCAGCAAACUCCAGCCACCAGCGGGGGCACCCAGAGGUGCGAUUUCGCCGGGCGGGCCAAUGCUGUAGCGGGGGUGUUUGGCAGAGCGGGGAGGGUUCACCUCACGUUCCUCCCUGACCCGGGCCCGCCGCUCGGCUCAGGGUGCCAGCACCCGGAGCGGCCCCACCCCGCUGCGACAGCCGCCUCAGGGCUGCCUGCGAGUCCCCCACCAUCCCCACACAGCCCGGGGCCGCGGGCCCUCACACCCGACAUCUUUAGUGCGGGCAAGGGCGGGGCCGGCAGGCGGCGGGCGCGGCCAUCUUUACUCGGGGCACGGCCCCGCCCGUCCCAACGCCGGGCCCUGCGAGCGCCAUCUUGAGUGAGGGCGCGCUCUGCCCUCAGCGCGGCCUCGCCCGCCAUGUUUAAUGAGGUCAUUCCCCACCACUCAAAAAACCCCUCAAGCCCCCCAAAAAGCCUAACCCGUACCCUCAGCAAGCCACGAACACCUCGGGAUCCCCCUCCGUUUCUCCGCGCAGCCAGCGCGGGCUCUCCCCGCGGCGGAGCCGCUCCGCUCCUCCCCGGGUCAGCUGACGGCGGCCGCGGUCCCGUCAUGGCCGCCCGGAGCGGCGCGGCUGAGGCGCUGGUCCUGCUUUUCCUCUGCUUCGCAGCCCUGGAGGGAGCAGCGGGCUCGGAGCCGCCGCUCAAGUGCGAGGAGCUGCGGCUGGGGCAAUAUAUGUGUGAUGAGCCUAAAAUAGACAAUAGCACACAAGAACCAAUGAAUUGCACAAAUCACACAGCAUAUGUUCAAUGUCUGCCAGCACCAAAUAUUACUUGCAGAGAUCACCUUGGCAUAGAGAAAGUCUUUACGGGACACGAAGUUGGAUUUUACAAGCCCAUUGAGUGUCGCAAUGUAAAUGGAUACUCCUACAAAGUGGCAGUGGCUCUGUCCUUAUUUCUUGGAUGGUUGGGAGCAGAUAGAUUUUAUCUAGGAUAUCCUGCAUUAGGUUUGUUAAAGUUCUGCACUGUAGGGUUUUGUGGAAUUGGGAGCCUAAUUGAUUUCAUACUUAUUUCAAUGCAGAUCGUUGGCCCUUCCGACGGCUCCAGUUACAUCAUCGAUUAUUACGGGGCCAGGCUGACCCGGCUCACCAUCACCAAUGCAACCUUCAGGAAAAUGCAGACCUACCCCUGAUACCCCUAAUCUGACAGGGAGUGGCACAAAUCCACAGGUGCAGCUUGUUUUUACAGCUGGAUCCACUGGAAUUGCUGAGGAUUUCCUGAUCACCCCUGGUCACAACGGAAUAUUAAAUGCACGGUGAACAAAGAUGAUAAAAUGUGAAAGUUCCUCUCAUGAACAAGUUUACCUCAAAGGUGGAACUUUGGGACUGCUCUGAUUCUGGGAGCACACGGUUUUUGUUGCUAAGUUACAUCAUCUGUGAAAGGUGCAGACUAUUGCAAUUUGCACUGAUGUUGUGUCUAUGUCAUUUAGAGUGUUACAGCUGCAGAGAGAGAUGUUCAUAAUAAACAUGCUGAUAUUUAUUCCAUUGAAAUUGAUAAGAGUUUUAGCUGGAUGGGCCAGGAUUACACUUGGGGGUCUGUCCAUGUGGCAGUUUGGAAAUUAACUUAAAUAUCCCCAACCACACAAACUGCCUUUUUUCCCCAUCCUGUUAAAAUCCAAAGAUCCCUAAAUCUUAGGCUGGUGUAGCUCGUGACAUUCUGUUAGUUCUAACAAUUAUUUCUGUAAAUUUUGGUUAAGUUGCAAAAUUUGGUCAAGUGCUGAUCAACAGUAGAAAUAUGGAGAUGCAUAAACAAUAGAACUGUAGAUGACACAUUAUAAAAAAGGAGGGUGGAUGUUGGGGUUCCCUGAGGUUAGAAAAGGAAAUAAUUAUUCUGCUUGUUUUGAAUUUUUCUUUCCUCUCUUACAACCAUCCAGGGUGAAAUAAAUACCUUUUUUUUUCCUGAGAAUAAAUUGGUGUGGUGUUUUACAGCUACAGAGUGUCAAAAGAGUGAAUUCUUUGUACUACUAAAGCCCUUAAAAGGCUCUUAAUUUGGGUCAGUUGUGUUUCAGUGCAAUAAAUUUAGUGUCUUUCAAA